UAGAAUAGUCUUUAAGUAUAUACAUAUUUAAUUUCAUCUAGUCCUUUAUUCAUUGUAUAAGAAUGUUAUGAACAUUUUGGUAUACCGCAGAAAAUACAUUAUUUAUAAAUUAAUGAAAUAUAUUUAUAUAUAAAAGAUAAUCUCUUAACAAGACACGAAUUGAACAUCUAGCGGACAGUGCCAACUAGCGAUUCUCCACAUUAUCAAGAACUGAUGUAAAAGACUGCUAGAUUUCACAAUUAACAUUAUUAAUAAAUUAUUAUUAUAUUUUUUGUUUGUUUGAAAAACUACAAUGUUUAAACGUAAAUUAAAAGCUAUUGGAUAUUUGGAAUGGGAUAAAGUUAAUGGAAAUAAUACUGAACAUUUUCGUAAAGUUGUCGUAUGGUUGGAAGACCAAAAAAUUCGACAUUAUACUAUUGAAAAACGCAAUGAUUUACGAGAUAUUAAGUCUGAUAAAUGGCCAGAGGCUUUCCAAAAAUAUUGUAAGGAUCUCAAUUGCCCAUUAACUACUAAUCCACUUGACCAGUUGGAAUGGCUCAUUACACAUGCAGUCAACUUAGUAUAUACUGAUAAUUAUAAAAAACUUAAACAAGUUACUGAAAGUAAAAAAACUAAACAAGAAUCUAUAAAACCAAGUUUAAAAUUAACAAAUCCAUUAGAUAAUUUAGAUUUUUACAGCAAUGAAUUUAAAAAUGGCGUUAAUACUAUAGCCAAACUCUUGAAAAUUCCAAUACAUUCUGAUCAUUUUAUUACGCUUGAGGGUUGUAGCAAACUCGUAUGUAAUCGACUAAAUCCAGCAGCAAUUGCAAAUCCUGAUACUGUUAUUGUCAAAGGCAAGCCAUUUCCAAUUACAGAUACUAAAGCUGGUGUCAGUUUAGGCGAUGUUGUUUUAGAUAAUAAUGCUUCAUAUUUAACAUUGUUAUUCACUCAUGAUUUAAGGAAUUUACAAACUAAGAUUAAUGAAUUGAUUGUUUUUAUGCAAAAUCAUACAGCCGAUCCUAAAACUAAUACCAAAUUAGGAAAAGUUGGAAAAUAAUGUGUAUUAUAUAAAAUUUGUCUUAUAUAAUGUACAACAAUAUUGAUCUAUUUAUAUCUAAUCGAUUAUUAUUAUCUUAAUAUACAUGCUUUAUUAAUGUCUUUUGUAACACGUCAUCAAAUUUAUUAGUUACAGAUAUUAAUGAGUUAAACGAGUAAUUUAAAUUACAGACUUUUCCUAAUAUAAUGAUAUAUUUUACAAAUGAAUCAUAUAGUCUGAAUUUUUGAGUAACUUGUUUGAUAUGACGUGAAUAUAAAAUUGAAUAGUAAUUAUCUUAUCAGACUUUAUAAAUAAUUAUUAGAAAA